AUGUCGUCAACGUCGCUGGAAGCAUUAGCUAUGGCGGGAGUGGAUUGCGUGGAGUGGGGAAUGGACGCACAAGAAUGGGAGCUUCAGCAGCUUCACGAGCCGCCGCUGCCUCAUUUGCUUGCUGAUGCUCAUGACCUCCUCCAAGAAGAUUAUUAUUCUUCGGCUGCCACCACGGUGGUUAAAAACGACGUCGUCCAUCAAGGGAAUGGCGGCGGCGAUGAUGACAGUCCAAGCACCGACGGCGAGGUUGAUUGUUUCUAUGGUGAAUUAGGAGGGAGUGAAAUAAAAAGGGAAAUAUAUUUUAGUCAUAAAAUCCACCACUGCUGCUUGAGGUUUAUGAUAACUAUGUUGAUUGUCGCUCGGGGCUCUGUUUAUUAA